AUGGCUGACGAUAACAAAAAUAAUAACAACGUCUUAGAUCCAAUUGUCCCUCUAUGGAUUAAGGCGGAACUUUUCGAAGAUGUCCUUAGGGAAAUAGAUCCAAACUUCUUGUCAAUUGAAAAAUUUGAGGUUAAUGGAGCCUUGUCGCCGGGAGAGAAUUAUGCAUCGAUUAUGUUGAAAGUUGACAUCGUCAUGAAACUGCAAGAUGGUUCCAAUAAAUCCCAAAGUUUUAUGCUAAAAGUUCUACACGACAACGAAUUGUUUCGAGAACUAAUACAAACAUAUAAUAUGUUUGAUGUUGAAUCUGGAAUAUAUGGUGAUGUUGUACCAGAAUUGGAGCAAAUUUUAGCAGAUGCUGGGAUAAAUGUAAGAUUUGGACCAAAAUCAUAUCGCUUGGCCACCGAUGAGACUCACAUACUCUUAGAAAAUCUUAAAGAUUUAGGAUUUCGUAAUGCCAAUCGUCUCGAAGGUUUAGAUAUGGCACACUCAAAAAGUGUACUCAAUAAAUUGGCUCUGUGGCAUGCUGCAUCUGCUGUACGGGUCCAGCAAAAAGGAUUAUAUCCAGAUAUCUAUUCAGCGGGAUAUUUUCGUCAUGAAUGCUAUGACAUGAUGAAAGAAAUGUUUGACAGUUCAACAAAAAUGCUAUUGGAAUGUAUACGAGAAUAUUCCAAUUCUGAUUUGUAUUAUGAGAAGGUGGUUAAACUGCAACACCAGGUAACCGAUGAACUUUAUAAGGUAACACAAAAUUUCACAAAUGACGGAGAUGGGGAAGAGGAAGAUGAAUUCAGAGUCCUCAAUCAUGGGGAUGUUUGGUCCAACAAUAUAAUGUUUAAAUAUGACGAGAAGUCGGGAGAAUUGCUUGAGACCUAUUUGGUGGACUAUCAACUGCCCAGUUAUUCCUCCCCAGCCCAGGAUAUAUUGUAUUUUAUAUUGACUUCGUGUAAAUAUGAAAUUAAACUUCAAGAAUUUGAUUAUAUGAUAGCCUAUUAUCAUAAAUUACUGGCGGAAAAUUUAAGACUGUUGAAAUAUCCAAAGAAGAUACCAAGUCUCAGGGAUAUCCAUUGUAUGAUAUUUAAGUAUGGAAUUUGGGGUUAUGUUUCAAUCACCAAUGUUAUGGCCCCGGUUUUGUGUGAACCCAGUGACAAUGCAAAUUUAGAUAAUUUCAUAUCCGAGACAGAUGAUGGAUUGGCGUUCAAGAGACAAAUGUAUUCAAAUGCUCGUUACAGAAAACACAUGGAAGCUAUUUUGCCUUGGCUCUUAAAUCGAGGACUAUUGGAUUGUUAA